AUGAAUUCUCUAGUGAAAUGGGCGCUAAUCCUCUUGGUCCUCUUCUCCAUCAUUCUCAACAUAGUUCUGAUCGGCAUUCACUCCAGCAGGUCGCCUAAAUGUUCCGCACGGAGCGUCCACCCGCUGCGGGCCAAGCACGACGAGCGCAGCGUCGUGUUCGCUGAUCUCACCCGGGAGGAGUACGUGCAGGUCCAGCAAUACAUGCUCAAGCAGAAAGACUUGGACAUAUCCACCAAGCAGCUUACUAAACCAUGGCAGAACUUCUUGUUUUUGAUAGACCUGUCUCUACCAAAGAAAGCAGAUGCGCUUGCUUACUUGGACGGAAAAGGUGCCAAACCGACCAGAGAGGCGACUGUGGUGGUCUUCUUCGGUGCGCACAGCUAUAUUAAGGAGUACGUCGUGGGUCCUCUCCCAAACCCGACAUACCACACGGAUGUAACCCAGGAGAGGUACAAGACAGACCUGCCUAUUAAUGCGCGCUCCGUCACGGUGGGGGAAUACGCAUUGCUUUUUUCGUUUUUUGGCGAACAUGUGUUCUCCAAACUUAAGACGCUCAUGAAAGAGAGCUUCGACGUGGGGGGUGACAAGAAGCUGAAUGCGUUUGAGCAGAUGCCCCGUGGAGUCCAGUCCGGAGACAGAAAAACCUGGGUGUCUUUCUUCAGGGAUGUGAGUGGCAUGUACAUCCACCCUGUGGGUUUUGAAGUGCAGGUUAACCACGAGAGCGUAAACGCUUCUCAAUGGAAGGUGGAGAAGCUGUGUUAUAACGGCCAAUACUUUGACUCAGUAGAAGACCUGAAACAGAAAUAUGAAGCUGGGUCCAUAAAGAAAAUAGUCUAUAAGGAAUCAGAGGACUAUGGAUCACUGAAACCAAGACAGAAGCCCCAGCAGAUCGGUCCGCAGAUGUUUCAUGUGGAUGGAAAACGCUACAGCGUCAGCAACAACCACGUCCUGUACCUGGACUGGAGCUUUGCCUUUGGACUCAGCUCGGCCACCGGUGCGAGGGUGUUUGAUGUGCGUUUUAAGGGGGAGAGGAUCAUCUACGAGCUGAGUGUGCAGGAGGCAAUGUCUGUGUACGGUUCAGUGACACCGGGGAUGAUGAUGACCAAAUUCUUAGACUCCAGCAUCGGAAUAGGACGCUUUGCACAUGAACUGACCCGAGGCGUGGACUGCCCUUACGAUGCAACUUACAUCGACACAUACCGCUACAUUGAUGUCCCAACCCCGGUCAGAUUUAGGAAUUCAAUUUGCGUUUUUGAGCAUAAUUUGGGUCAACCUCUGCGGAGGCACUUCUCUGACUUCUUCCACAACAGUUAUGGAGGGAUGGUAAACAGCGCACUGGUGAUGAGGACCAUAACAGCAAUUGGAAACUAUGACUACAUGUGGGAUUUUAUCUUCUACCAGAGUGGAUCAGUGGAAGCUAAAGUGCACGCCACCGGUUACAUCUCCUCUUCUUACCUGGUAGAUGGUAAUCUGAAAUAUGGGCACCAAGUGGCGGACAAGGUGCUUGGGAACAUUCACACCCACUUCAUUAACUUCAAGGUGGAUCUGGAUGUCUCAGGUGAGUAUCAGUGCAGAGUUUGAACAUCCACCUGUAAAAGGCAGAGAACAAUGUAGAGUGUAUUAGAGGAAAAUAAAUAUAUAGUCAGAUUAAAAUGUGUCUUUGCAGAGGGACUGAUUCAUUAACAUCAAACAGUUCUGUGUCUUAUUCAUUCAUUCAUUCAAUAUUUGUACAGUUGACUUCCAGUGCAGGUGUUGCAGUCACUGUCGCUCUAACCAGAAUGUGGUCAUCAGAUCAAGAUCCCCUAAGUGAAAAAGACCAGUGUUCCAAAGUUUUGAGUAGCACAGAACUAAAGAGGAGCCGGUUUUCAGCCUAGUUCUUAAGGGUUCAGUGAGUUCAUGCAGGAGGUAUCAUGUGUUCCCUACUAAACGCCCCUAUGACUUUGUGAUAAGUUCAUUGGAUCAUCAGUUAUAUAAAGAUUUAAGAAUGUUUACUUUCUGUUACGUCACACAGAAGAGCUAUAGAUCAGUGUAGAGGUCUUAUCUCUGACUUGAUUAUUUAUGAAUGUUGAAGAAAUGUAUGAUACUCCUCAUAUUUCCCACCAGUCGCUAUAGAUCAGUGUAGAGGUCUUAUCUCUGACUUGAUUUAUGAAUGUUGAAGAAAUGUGUAUGAUACUCCCCAUAUUUCCCCGACAGUUAUCUGUUUGUUUGAUGACAUGGUACACAAGAAUUUCACUUAUAUCCUUCAGUGCUUUCCAUUAGCAAAGAGAUUCUGUGUGAAACGCUGUCAGGAAAUUAAUUGACUGGAUAUGUAUUUUCACUGGUUAUGAGGCUUUUUUUUUUUACAAUCAAUAAAAAAAUCCUUAUGAGUACCUAUCAGGAUCCACAAAAUAAUCAAAUACACUCACACAUAACUGAGUACAGAGUCUUGCUGAACUGUCAAAAACAGUAGAAAUUGAUCAAAAGGGCAUAAAAAGCCUCUUUCUUUCUUUCUUUCUUUCUUUCUUUCUUUCUUUCUUUCUUUCUUUCUAAAUGACAAUGACAACAAGUUUUCAAAAUAAUCAUACUAUCAUUGUCUCUCCAUCUUCUGCAGGACAGAGGAAUUUUUUCCAGACAAAAGACAUGCAGUAUGUCAACAGGUCUCUGCCAUGGAUGCCGAGUCGCUACGCCACGGUCCCUGAGCUUGUGGAGAAAGACCUGAAAACAGAAAAGGUCAGUUUCUGGUCAUUGUUUGUAAUACUGAUAACACUUUCACAUCUGAUGUCAGAAAAUACCUGCAGCUGGAAAAUCCCAAAGAUUAUCAUUUUUACCAACCAAGUGGCUGAGUCUCUCUUUAGAGGCUAACAGUGACGACAGUCCAGCAAGCGUUAGCCCUGACUGCAUCAGGAAAGACCUUUGUUCAGAUUUGAACUUGUCACCUCUGGUUCUUUUAUAGUUGCUGUAAAAUCUUUGAAAGCAAAACACAGGGUUGAUAUUGUCUCUUUAUCCUGGGCAGGAUCUGUAGCUAAAUAAGCCGAAUGUGAAUGUGCAACAAAUGCGUCAGCUCUUUUUCUAAUCUGAACAAAUGAUCAGGGGCUUUGUCUAAGAAAAAACUCAUGAAAACUAUGAAACAGUCUCAACUGAUGGCUAAGUCAGAGUCCUCACUGUCCUCUGAGUCUUAAUGCUGUCAGUGUUUGGGUCUGAGACAUCACAGCUAGAAUCCAAGUCAGGUCACAGGUUUGAGUCUAAAAAGAUGAAUUAAAACACAAUUUAUAUCAUCUGCUGACUGAGCUCUUUUGAGGCAAGUACAUACAUUCUUUGUUAUGCUUUUUUCUGUCCACUAUUUCUAAGUCUGAACUGCCCCAACUGCUGAAAAUAAGCUUCAAAAAGCCCCGUCAAAGACUCUGUGAGUUAGCUAAGGAUGGCUAAUGACAUGUCUCUGAUCCUGCUCUAAACAUCAAAUAUAAACCAUUACCAUCAAACCGAGACCACCCAGACAGGGUCCCACAUUUUUUAAGGGUCAGACUGAAGCACUAGUUUUUUCCAGUCAGGUCUAAUACAAUGAUUUGAAAAUCCUUUUCCAUCUGUAUGUAACUGAAUACACAGCAAAGACAAGUUAUUUCAUGUUCAACCUGACAAACUUAGAGGUGUUUUUGCUCUCAUUUUGAAUUUGAUGCUGCAGCAUGUUCCUAAAAAGCUGGGUCAGGGUCGUGUCUACCUCUGUGUUACAUGACCUUUCCUUUUAACAACACUCAACUUGUGAACUGAAGACACUGACUGUUGAAGUUUUGAAGGUGAAAUUUUUUCACAUUUUUGUUUGAUGUAUGACUUUAGUUGCUCAACAGUCCAGAGUCUCUGUUGUGGUAUUUUGAGCUUCACAAUGCUCCACACAUUUCUAAUGGGGGACAAGUCUGGACUGCAGGCAGGCCAGUUUAGUACCCAGACUCUUGGACUUUUAGGUUAUGCAGCUGUAACACGUGCUGAAUGUGUCUUGCUGAAAUAAACAGCAAGGCAGCAUGGCAGCAUAUGUUGCUGUAGAGCCUGUAUGGACCUUUCAGCAUUAAUGGAGCCUUCACAGAUGUGACAGAUAUCCAUGUCAUGGGCACUAACACACCCACAUACCAUCACAGACACUGGCUUUGAACUUUAACCUAAAAACAGUCUGGAUGGUUUUCCUCUUUUCCUCUUGUAGGAGAAUCUCUUCAUACAUUUAGGUUAAGAAAUAUAGAGUAAUUAUCUCUUAGUAAGGAGCUACAAAUAAUCUAGGUUGGCCUGCUCAUGCAGCCUUAUGACCCUGAGGUUACAAGCAAGGCUGUCUUGCAGGAGCCCGAACUAUCUGUCUGUUGGAACAUUUAAUCUCUGCGAGAGUUAAGACAAGCCUAAACUAAGUGUUGAGGGUCAGAACAGUAUGACAUGUCAUCAUGGGUAGCCCUCUGGAGAAUUGAUAUGACAGAAUACACACACACACACGCACGCACGCACACACACACACACCUAACAGCAUAAAAGGGAGUAGAGGAAAAGCUAGGGAGGCUUCCUUCGGUCUGGGUCGAGACUCUGUUUGUCAUCUGUACUGAUUUCUACAUCUGUACCAUUAAAGACGCCCAGGCUGUUCUUCAGAUCUCAUCCUGUCUCCUGUGUAUUGUUUAUGCUGGAUUUUCCACAACAUAAUGGCGAGCCAGCCAGGAGGCUGAGGGCACCACAUCCAUCAUUUCCAAAAACUAUCAGAAAUGUGGACUCAUCAGACCACCACACACUUUUUGACUUAGAGUCAGUUCAUCUCAGGUGAGCUCGGGCCAAGAGAAGCCGGCAGUGUUUCUGGCUGUUGUAGAUAUCUGGCUUUGGCUUUACAUGGUAGUGUUUAAACAUCUACUUAUAGAUUUGGAGAUGAACUGUGUUAACUGACAAUAGUUUUCUGAGGUGAUCCUGAGCCCACAUGGUAAAAAACCUUUACUAAAUGAUGUGAGUUUUUGGUGCAGUGUGGCCUGAGGGGUUGAAUGUCACAGGCAUUUGAUGUUGGAUUUGGCCUUGCUGCAUGUGUGCAGAGAUUUCUCUGGAUUCUCUGAAUCUUUUGAUGAAUUUAUGGACUGUAGGUGAUGAAAUCUCUAAAUUUUUACUAACAUAUGUUGAGAAAUGUUGUUCUAUAACUUUUGGACUGUUUGCUCACACAGUUGCUCGCAAAGUGAUGUACCUCUUAUACCCAAUCAUGACACUAACCAGUUAAGGAAUUGUCCAAUCAGGUGUUUUUGGAGCAGUCUUUUGUUGCCCCUGCCCCAGCUUUGAUUCAUAUGACAAAGCGUUGACAUAUAUAAUUGAAAACUGUGUGACUUGUGGUUUUCGUCAGUUAUUAUGCAUUAAAAUUAUCAACUCCUCCACAGGAAGCUGCUCUGCGUUAUGAUACAAAGACUCCACGUUACCUCCACAUUGCCAGUAACAAGACCAACCGCUGGGGCCAUCAGCGCUCCUACAGGCUGCAGGUGUUCAGCUUCACUGGAGACCACCUCCCAGAGAGCCAGACAGAUGAGAGAUCCAUGUCCUGGGCCAGGUGAGACUGAUACAAAGUCCGAAUCCUCAUGUCUUGAUCAGCCAGUGCAGUUGUACAGCAUCACCCAACAACAUAACAGGCAAAAUGAUCCAAAAGUGCUGUAGUGAACUUCUGUGAAGGUCUGUGGUGAUUCACACACUCCCUAACACCUCCUAACUACUAGGCCAAGAAAGAGACUUCUUCUUCUUCUACUCUUUGUUAUAGGGCAGGUGACAACCAGCAUUAAGGUGCAUUACUGCCCCCUAUAUUGGAGUGUUGACCUUAGAGUAAACAGAGACAGACCAAAGUAGUACCUGUGUGAUUAAAAAGUUAGUUUGGGAUUUAAAAAAAACCCAUAAAUUAUGGACCUUUGACAAUCAUUCAUUGAAGACCCUCUGUGCUCUGUCUGUCUGUCUGUCUGUCUGUCUGUCCUCAGGUAUAAGGUUGCCAUCACCAAGCAUAAGGAUUUAGAGCAGACCAGUUCUAGUCUCUACAGUCAAAAUGAUGCCUGGGCUCCUGCUGUUGACUUCAGCAAGUACAUUGAAGACAACGAAAGCAUUGAGAAUGAGGUGUGUUGAGUUAUUGGCCACAAAAAUGACUUAAUGAUUAAAAAAUUACUCAUAUUCUGAUUCAUUAGCUGAAGGGAUUUUUCAUAAUCUGUACUAAACUGCAUCUGUAGGACCUGGUUGCCUGGGUGACCACCGGUUUCCUCCACAUCCCUCAUGCUGAGGACAUCCCCAACACGGUUACAGUGGGCAACGGAGGCGGAGUCCUGCUGCGGCCACACAACUACUUUGACGAAGACCCCUCUAUCCACUCUGCUGAUGCGGUGUAUAUUGCGCCUGGCGCUGAAGACAGCUGUGAGAACAACAGGAUGGCCUGUCUCACUGAGGAGACCUGCAGCCCCGUCUUGGAGGCCUUCACCUACCAUGGCUUUGAUGGAGUCAUGAAGUUUGAGGAAUGA